UCGCAGGAGAAGGGGCAGGCUGGCGGGGUCCGGGCUGCGGCGGCGGCCAGCGGGGUUCCUGCGGGCCGUGGGCCCGGGGCUCCCGAGUGCGCCCCGGCAGGCAGGCAGGCAGGCAGGCCGGCAGGCAGGCAGCCGACGGGGCGCAGGCAGUGGGCCGGCCCUCCCGUCGGGGGCGGGCCGGGCGGGGCGCGCGUCCUUCCCGGUAGCUCUGCGGCUUGCGUGCUCUGCCCGCGUUUCCCCUUUCGUUUGGACCCACUUCCCCGUCGGUGCAAGGACGGGGCGAGACGAGGUGCGCCCAGACCCUUGCAGCCUUGCAGGUUUCCGGAGCGCGCAGCAUUGGAGGCGCCGUGGGCUCUGGCGUGAGGCGCCCUCCCUUGCCCAUUUCGGGAGCUGCUGAGCGCUCCGGAAGGAGAAAAAUGGGGUCAGGAGAGGCCCGCGCGGUGGAAGCGUUGGAUUGAUUUCCUUCGAAGUGUUGUCUUUUCAAACAUCUCGUCCCCUUCUCGGCACUCCCUGCUGCCUACUUUUGGCUUGGGUUUCCCGGAUCUUCAGGGUCUGGCGGUGCAGGCCAAGGGUGGGCCAGAGGCGGAGCUGACCUGGAAACCUCUCCUUGGCCACUGUCCUUUCUAAGGAGCUCACCUUCCAGAGCCCGCCCGCCCAGAACUGGCAGGGGACCCUCUUAGGAGCAGAGAAAAUGGCGAUCUUCAGGCAGCUGUCCCUGCGUGCAAAGGCUGCCCUGGCCGCCGGCACUGUCUUCGUGUCCAUGAUUGUGUCCCGCUCGUGUCUGGCGGGGAGCCUUGAGCUCCGGGCCUGGCGUUGGCUGUUCCGCCUGCAGCUCGCCCUGUUUGCCAACUCGCUCAUGCUCAUUGGCUCCCUCUACAUCUGGCGGAGCACAGUCAGCAACCUCAGCCACUGCCCGGGCGCCGAGUCCGCCUGUUUCCAGCUCUGGAAGAUGGCGGUUGUGGCGUUUCUGGCCCUGGCCCAUUCCAGCUUCUUCACCAUGCUCUUUUUAGUGGCCGAGGAGCCCUAUCUCUUCUCCUUGGCAGCCUACUCCUGCCUCGGGGCGUACAUCAUCAUGGUCUUCUUCCUCUGCACCCUCAGUGGCAUGGAGCAGGCCUAUCAGCUCGUGGCCUGGCGCGGCGGCAGGGUCGUGGGCGGCCUCGACAAGACAAGGAGGGUGGCGGUCAGGCCGGCCCUGGCGGUGGCAGUGACCGCUGUGCUCAGCGUGGCCGGGCUUCUGAACGCCGCCCAGCCCCCGGCCGUGAAGACCGUGCAGGUGCCCGUCCGUCAGCUGCCUCCCUCGAUGGACGGCCUCAAGAUCGCGCUCCUCUCCGACAUCCACUUGGGCCCCACCGUGGGCAGGACCAAGAUGGAGAUGUUCGUGAGGAUGGUGAACGUGCUGCAGCCAGACGUCACAGUGAUCGUGGGGGACCUCUGUGACUCGGAAGCCUCCACCCUGCGGACGGCGGUCGCUCCUCUGGACCAGCUUCGCUCGCGCCUCGGCGCCUACUUCGUCACGGGGAAUCACGAGUACUACACGUCGGACGUCAGCAACUGGUUCGCGCUGCUGGAAUCCCUGAACGUCAGGCCCCUUCACAACGAGAACGUGAGGAUUUCCGCCACGGGGGCCCAACCCGGGGGCGCUGAGGGCGACGACUGGAUCUGCUUGGCUGGGGUGGAUGACAUCGAGGCGGACAUCCUGCACUACUACGGCCACGGCAUGGACCUGGUCAAGGCCCUGGGGGGCUGCCGCCCGGACCGCCCCACCAUCUUGCUGGCUCACCAGCCCCUGGCUGCCAAGAGAGCCCUGCAGGCUCGGCCGGAUAUUAGCCUCAUUCUUUCUGGGCACACGCAUGCCGGGCAGAUCUUCCCCUUGAACGUGGCAGCCUAUCUCCUGAACCCCUUCUUCGCCGGCCUCUACCAGGUGGCCCAGACCACGUUUGUGUACGUCAGCCCGGGCACCGCCUACUAUGGGAUCCCCAUGAGACUGGGCACCAGGGCAGAGAUUACCGAGCUCAUCCUGCAGCGGGCUCCUUGAACCUGGCCCUGCCCUGUGCGCCCCUUCAGAGUCCUCGCCCUUCACCCUCCGUCCCUCUUCAGAGCGGGUGGCCUGCUUCACCCCCUGCAGCCUCUGCUGCCCAGCCCUGCCCACGCACGCUCGGCCACAAGCCUGGCUUGAGCAGUAACUUGCGCUGGGGCUGCCUGGCGAGCAUGGGCUGGUUUCCUCCGCAGAUGGCCAGUUGCUUAUUUAUGUGUAUCUGCGAGGCCACUGACGUCCCAUAUGUCAGAACAAGCGUCCCUUUUCCAGGUGAUGUGGAGUGAGCCCUCCUUGUCCGCAGAGCUCACAGGGCCGCACCGAAACGGGGUUGCCUGAAAGGGACACCUCUAAAAGCAGAACAGAGAGGAACACUGGUGGUCUGAAACCCUCUUUAGGACUUGGGCAGUUUUCAGCAUCACUGGUCCAGAGCUUUCUGGGGAAGGGGCGGGGUGGCUAGGUAAGCCAGAACAGGCAAGAGGGAGGCCCCUCUGGCCACUGGAGAAGAAUGGUUUCUUUUCCCGCUGGCUCUGGCAGAGUCACCUUUACUGAGGGCAUCAGCCAAACCCGCGGGGACACAGGGCUCGUGCUGUCCCGGGCCUUGAGUGAUACUUUUACUGCCUGGGCUCCUGGGCCUUUGGGAUUGGGGGUAGGCUGGAAAGACACAGGAGCACGGUGGUAGGCGAUGGGAUGCUAAGGGUUCCGCUGCUGAGGAGCUCAGAGGGGGCUUCCCCCCCUUGGCUCCCUUUAUGCACCACUCGGGGGAGGUGAUGAAGGACAGGCUACUUUUCCCUGUUUGAAGGUGAGGAGACUGAGGCCGAGGGAAGUAGGGCAUCGGCAGAAUGACAGGGCAUGUAGGAGAUUCUUGGCUAGAAGCCGGGUCCCCUGCCUCCUCUUCCGCUGUCCCGUGGGUAAGUAGUUGUAUCUGUUACAAGCGAGUGCAGGAUUCAGACACAUCUGACUGUGCAAAGAGAACGCACAAGGGCUUAGAGCCUGCUGGUCUUUCAGAGUGGUUUGCUUGAGGCUGGUUUCCAUUCAUCCACGAUUACUCGGGCCAGAGCCCGGAAGGAGGUCGGCCGGUUUCAGUGUAGGGUGUCUGUUACCCUGGAAGAAGAGUCAGGAGGCUGCGUGCCCCUCCCCGGCGCCCCACCCCCACCCCUCACCCCGGGUUCGGGUCUGUGUCUUGUGAGGCACCGAGGUUUGCUCUCCACGGGGGAAGUUGGGAGCUGCGCGGGGAGCGGCAGGGCUUCGUGCUCUGUCGGGGCCUCCAGGCCUUCCCUUCCCCUGGGCCCCGGCUGUGGGUGGCUGAGACUGUCUUCCCUGCUGGGUGGCCUCUGCUCCCACACCCAGCCCUCCAUCCCCCACCCCGUCAGCGUUAUCCUGGGGCUCUGGCCUUAGGACCGCGGUGCCAUGCGGCCGGGCUCUCGACCCUCUGGAGUGACCCCACCCUGCCGGCCAAGCCUCUUGGGCCAGAGGCCAGAUACCCUUUGACCCUGAGGCCGAGGUCAGUAAGGUCUCCUCUUAGAAAAAGUUGCACCGAGAAGCUUGGCGACCUCGGCUCAGCGGUGGCCCUUUUGUGAUUGAGAGUCUUUCUCCACCGCCCUGCCCGGAGAGGCUCACCCGCUGCUCCUGGGUCAGGUAGCGGCCCGCACGUGACUUGACCUCACUGAGCCGCGCUUUCCCUCGCCUGAAAAUGAGGAUAACUUAGCUACCUCAGGAUGGUUUCACGGGGAGGGUAUUAGGGCGUGGCGUCAGGUGCGCGGGGCACAGUCACUCAGGAGGCACCGGGUGGUGUCAGUAUUUAAACAUCACGUGGGCAUGCCAACCGCGUCAGGCACGGGCGCCCGGAGGCACCUGUUCUGGAGCAGUAAAGCGGGGAGUGUGAGUGGGUAACCCGCUGCCAGGGGCCAGCGAUCAGGGUCAAGGCGGCAACUGCUAGGGUUUGCUCUCCUUGCCUGUGCUGCUGGGUCCGGCGCGCGUUCUGCCUCGGGGGGUUUCUUCAGCCUCCUCCUUGCCUUGCCGUGUACGACAGACAGAGUCCCCGGGGAUCCUGGGGGCCACCUCUCCUGUCGGCAGGCAGCGAAGAUGCUGACGGCGAGCCCGCCAGGCAAGUUUCACAUGUGUCUUCGAGUCGAGAUUGCAGUGGGUUCCUCGUUUUGUAUCCCCUUGUGUUUCGUCGUCCUUGCGGCCGGGAGCAAGUUUGGAGAGCACCACCCCGGCCUUUCUUUUCAUACCGCUGGUAGAUGGCGGGAUCACAGGAGAGGUGGCCUGGCGCGGGGUGGCAGGCCAGCUCCCAGGUUCUGACCCCCUUCUCCACGGUGCCACUCCUAGCUCGCCACCCCGUCCUGGCCUCGGGAUGACGGUACUUCCAAACCCUCCCUCUGCCGCGGGACCUGACCCUGUUUUGUGGAUCAUUCUAGUUGCCUUUCCAGUUCUGUUUUGUGUGGAUUUCACCAGACCACGCUGCCUGAUGCCGUUUUUCUGGCACCUUCCGGCGCACCUGGUGGUGGUCAACUUGCCUGCCCGGUUAUUUUGCCGCUUUCUUCAGUGUGGCUCUUUCUCACCCCGUGUCCUGAGCUUUGCGAUGUUAGCUUCCUUCAGCUUCCUUAUGUUUUAUCUUGCACUUUGUGUCUUUUUUCUCUUGGAUGCCAUCAGGCAGGGCCAUCCUGUGUGCCUUGGGAGUACUCCGUACCUUCUCAGGCCUGCUUUGUAUUCCACGACGUGGAAUUGUUCCCGGCAGAAACUGGCGGGCCACCCCCCGCGGCACCCUUUGCACCUCUGUUCCCAUUCCUCCUUGUUUACUUGCCUUCUUUGUUUUGUUGGGUCUGGGCUGGGGGAGGCGGUGAGGAACAUUUACUUGAAGCUUGAAAAUUCUUUCAAUUUUCUUCUAGUUUCCUUUUUUUUUUUUUAAUUUGUUAAACACAAGUUGAGAUGUAAUGCUUUAUUUAUUUUUUAAUGUUUAUUUAUUUUUGAGAGGGACAGAGACAGAAUGCGAGUGGGUUAGGGGCAGAGGGAGAGGGAGACACAGAAUCUGAAGCACUGAGCUGUCAGCCCAGAGCCCGACGCGGGGUUCGAACUCACGAGCUGUGAGAUCACGACCUGAUCCGAAGUCAGACGUUCAACCAACUGAGCCGCCCAGGCGCCCCGAAAUGUAAUGCUUUUUAAAAAUGAACAAUGGCAUGUGAUAAAUUCAUGCUAUUCCAUCCUUUCCAAACAUCCAAGCACCCUUUGCUCCCUUUAUUUUGUUUUAAACUUUCUUAUCGUGAAAUGUAAAAACAUUCACAAAGUAGAGAGGAUAGCAUCGCGAAUCCCCAGGUACUUACUCAUCAUGCAGCUUCAACAGUUAAGACCAUCCUGCUGUUCUUUCUCAGGUACUGCUGCCUCAUACUCUUUCUUUUUUGGCUGGAAUAUGUGGAAGCAAGUCUAAGACAGCAUAACUUCACCCAAAAAUACUUUACAAAAAGCGUAUCCAUAAUGCCAUUGUAUCCAAUAAAAGUAAUAGUAAGUCUUGGUUUUUAAGUAAUCUCUACACCCAACGUGGGGCUCGAAUUCAUAAUCCCCCGAUCAAGAGUCGCAUGUUUUAGUGACUGAGCCAGCCAGGUGCCCUGGUAAUAGAGAUUCUUUAAAAUCAUUUAAUACCUAGGUAGGAGAUCUGGGGCUGGAAGCCAGGCCUUCUACCUCUCAAUAAAGGUGUUUUCGUCUCCCACCGUUUCAGGGUUAAGUAGUUGUAUCUGUGACAGGUGAGCACAGGAUUAAAUGCAAUUAACUGUGUAGAGAAUUUGUGUUCAGUUUUUCCUGAUUAUCUCAGGUGUCUUUUUUUCAUCGUGAUUAAAAACACCUAGUGUAAAAUUGAUCAUCUUAAUGAUUUUUAGGUGUGCCAUUCAGUAGUGUUAAGUGUAUUUCCGUUGUUGAAGAUUCCAUUC